GUAUGGCCAUUUUUCUGGUAUAAACCGGAAAGUUCAGCUGAAGUAUCAGCCAACUGGGCGCCCCAAACAAUCAUCCAGUGAGGAGGACGACACUCCAAGGGAUCCUUCAUUGGUGCUGAUUCUCAAAUGGGGAGGAGAACUGACUCCUGCUGGUCGAAUACAAGCAGAAAAUCUUGGCAAGGCAUUUCGCACCUUGUAUCCUGGAGGCCAAGGUCAGUUUGAGGCACCAGGCCUCGGGUUUCUCCGUCUACACAGCACCUUCAGACAUGAUCUCAAAAUUUAUGCAUCGGACGAGGGACGAGUCCAAAUGACAGCAGCAGCAUUCACAAAGGGCCUGCUUGCGUUAGAAGGGGAGUUGACACCUAUUGUAGUGCAGAUGGUGAAAAGUGCCAACACAAAUGGACUUUUGGAUGGAGAGUCCAAUACAAGUAAAUACCAGAUAGUUGUCAAAGAGAAAUUAAAGGAUAUCUUUAAUCAGGACAGGGACUUUACAGAGGACGAUUAUCAGAAGCUGGCUGCCACAAACAGUAUAUCGCUGGUCAACGCCAUGCAGUUUGUCAAGAACCCCUACCAGAUGUGUGUCCGAGUCCAUGAGAUGAUAAAAGAAAUCACAGCUCGAAUCCGGUGUUUGAAAAUGGAACUGAAAUCCCGAGGUAAACAUUUUAGAUCAACAUUUUACGACUGCAUCAAGUAUGACCUGCAACACAACCAGAAAACUCUACAGUUCAAGAGAGCCCAGGAGCUGUUCAUGUGUUCCAAAGCUCUAGCAGACAUCAUUGUGCCUCAGGAAUAUGGCAUCACAAAAGAGGAAAGGCUUCACAUUGGACAGAGCUACUGCACACCACUGCUGCGCAAGAUACGUUGUGAUCUACUCCAGUGCAUUAAUGCACCCACUACAGAUGAAAGCACAACACGUUUAGACUCCAAAUAUUCCAAUGGGGUGGCCACACCAGAAAGAUUUGUCAGAACCCGACUGUACUUUACAAGCGAGAGCCAUAUACAUUCUUUACUAGCUAUGCUACGCUAUGGAGGAUUUUUAGAUGAAGAGAAGGACGAGCAAUGGAAAAGGUCAAUGGACUUCAUUGGAGCAUGUGCUGAGCUGAACUACAUGUCACAGAUAGUGCUUAUGAUGUUUGAGGAUCCUGCCCAGAAUGAAGACUCUGAUGAUAGAUUCCACAUAGAGCUCCACUUCAGUCCUGGGGCAUACACAUCUUGUGAUGAGAUGGCCGCUGAACCGAAAGGCAUGGGCUUCAGACCCAAGCCCAACAGGGAGGCUAACAGUGCUGCGACGCCCACCAACAUAAACGACGUUUCUGAAGAUGCACCUAAAAGAGAAAACCUUCCUACAGAACCGUCCCCAACCUUGAGGUUGUGUAUGUCAAUGCCAGAUAAUGUGCAGAAGGAUCUCGGAGACCUCAUGGAGGCAGAUCUCUUUGCUCAUGCUCAGGAUUUAGCCAACAAGAAGGAGAGCCGUUCAGAUACUGUUAUUUGUUCCAAGAAGAAAACUAAAUUCAGGCUAGAACCUCGAUCACCCGACCCAGAAACGCCAGAGUGGGACUGGAGUGAUGAAGAUGAUGACACUGAUGACAAUGCCAAGAAGAAGGACAAAUCUUCCAAGAGAACCAGUCCAAAGGUUAGACUUUGUUCUUUUCACAAUUUCAGCACAGUCCACACACUUUAUUUCAAUGAUCUCA